AUGAGGUCAUGGCGUGCCAAGAGCUUUUGCGGCGUGAGGCUUGAACUUCUUGUCCUGCGAUUCCUUUUCAACCUCCAACAUCCAACAAGCUCGCACAUCCAGCACCACCGUCGUGUCUACGCUUCAUCUGAUCGAUUCCUUAUUUAUACGGCUGCACGGCGACGUAUAUACGGGUGCGCCAUCACACCAGAGCAGAGCGACUUGCGAGCGAGUGACGAGCUUCGCUGGGAAGCAAAUAUGGAGAACUCAUCGGCACCAUCCAACACCGCGCAUCCUGGCCAGCAGCCUAUGCAGCAGCAGCAGCUAUCGAAUCUAAUACGUACCGAGCAGGUCCAGAAGCUGCCUCAUCUUCCUGAUGCCCAGAAAGCGAUGCACACGCAGGCCGUCAGGGGCUGCUGGGAGCAAAAGCCACAGAACUUCCAGGCCCUUUUCCCUCAGAUCCAGGCCAAGGUCAACAGCCUAAACUUCAUUCUCCCGAUAUCGAUAAAUAAGGACCAGGCGGAAAGCUGGUUACAGGAAGCGAAGAAUCGAUAUGGUGCAGCACUACAGAAGCAGGAAUUGGGGAAAGUGAAGCUGGCUGAAGUGCGGCAGGCGUUUCAGCAACGUCAGGGCAACGGUAACCUGACGGCCGACGAGAUAACUGAAUUCAAGUCGAGGCAAAUCUACGCCGACAAGCUAUAUAGAGAAGGAGUUGAGUUCCUUGCAAAGUUCAAGGAGCAGCAGGAUAACUUCCGACUCCAGCACCAGCAAGCGGCUGCUGCUGCUGGCCAGCAAGCAAACCAAGGAACGCAAGCUCAGGCUUCUGGGGGAGCAGAUCAACAGAUUGUUAGCCAGGCCGCCGUCCAGCAGGCUGUUCCUGCUACUACAGGAACUCCUGCACCGCAUACUAUAAACUCAGCCGUUGUUGCAGCAAGACAAACCCCUUCUCAACCGCAACAGGGCCAGCUUCCUGGGGCAGGAGUAACACUCCCACAAGCUCAGCAACAAGGACAACAACAAACACAACAGCAAGGACAACAGCAACCAACACAGCAGCAACAGGGGCAAAUUCCGGGUAUAAAACAGCAACUUCCAGAUAGCGCAGCUUCAGCUACCAUCUCUCAAGUUCCACAGCACCAGGGCCCUCCACGCCCACUUUCACAACAAGCCGCAGUCGCUCAAGCACAGCAGAACUACUCUAACGCAACCAUGCCUCAAACACCCACUCAUGCGCACCCUCAGGCCUACAUCGGCGAUCGAAACAUGGAGACACGCAAGAUUCACAUGGCCAUCCCCAAAAAUUUGAAUAUCUCUACUACCCCCGAGCCUGUCAGCAUGGGAGCAUCCCGCCCUACCCUUACCACCGGAGCCAGUCACGGAUCCAUGGGAAUGAUGGGACAGCCUGCGAUCCAGAAGCACCCUGGCUACGUUUUGGAAGGAGAAGGCCAGCGCGUGCUUAGCAAGAAGAAACUUGAUGACCUCAUCAGACAAGUAACUGGAGGUGGGGAAGGAGAGAAACUCACGCCCGAUGCUGAGGAGUUUGUUCUCCAAAUGGCCGAUGAUUUUGUCGACGACGUGAUCACCGCUGCCUGUCGUCUUGCCAAACUUCGUCCAUCCUCCACUUUGGACAUCCGCGACAUCCAGCUCGUCCUGGAGCGCAACUACAACAUGCGCAUCCCAGGCUUCUCAUCAGAUGAUCUACGUACAGUCAAGAAGCCGCACCCUACCCAAGGCUGGAUCCAGAAGAUGACCGCCGUUCAGGCUGCUAAGGUGACCCAAGGUCGCGCAGAGUAG